UUUGGCCCGAAGUACCCUGGAAACAGAAUCCUAUCAAAACGCAAGGAAAGGACCCACCAUUUCAACAUUUAUUAAAUGAUGCUUCCAGUUCUAUACUUCUAUCCAAGAUCCUCAACUGUUAACCCCCCAAUUUAAUGCCCAAGUAAUUCCUUUCCUUUAAAUACUCAAUCUACACAUCGCUCUUUUCCACUCAAAUCUUCUUCUCUUUCAAUUCUCACUCUCUGAAAUGGCAACUCCAGAUGAAGCUUCAACAUUAGAACUCAUCAGCCAGUAUCUCCUCACUGACUGCUCUUCCAUAGACAAUUUCAUCACCAGUCUCAAUCUUUACAACACAUCCCCUCAAUUCGAUUACUUGGAACCAAAAAAGGAGCCGGAACUCGAACAAAUCCAUACCUACAAACCGCAAGCGCAAGCGCAAACACAUGCUCUGAAAUCUUCAACUACACUAAGUCAGCGCAAACCGUCUCUAAACGUAACAAUACCUCGAGCGACAAACUUCAAAACCAACUCCAACGUUAACCCAGUGAUGAAGACGGAAACAGAAGCUAAAAAAAAGCACUACAGAGGAGUAAGGAGACGGCCAUGGGGAAAAUACGCGGCAGAGAUCCGUGACCCAAAUAGAAAAGGGGUUCGGGUCUGGUUGGGAACGUUUGACACUGCUAUUGAAGCUGCAAAAGCUUAUGAUAACGCUGCGUUUAAGCUCCGAGGAAGCAAGGCGAUCUUGAACUUUCCUCUUGAGAUUGGAAGUUCAAACUUUGGGGAAUCUGAAAUAGAAGUCAGUGGAAAGAAGAGGAAAAAUGAAGAAACACAGUGUGUGGAGAGGAAGGUCGUGAAGAAGGAGGUGGCUGAAGAGACGGUGACGGAGACCGUUAGUGCGGGGGUUUGUCCGUUGACGCCAUCAAGUUGGACGGAGGUUUGGGAUGCUGGAGAGGGCAUAUUUAGUAUGCCUUCGUUAUCUCCGUUAUCACCGCAUCCUUCUAUAGGACACUCUUGGCUGACGGUUAUGUAACGGAGGCGUUACAGUCGGUUGGGUGUUUAGUUGAAUAUAAUAAAAUAAAAUAAAAUAGUGUGAUUUGUAGAAUUUUAUAUGUAUAUAAAGAAAUAUAUUAGGUGCAACUGCAAAGUUGCGAUAA